AUGCAAGAGAUAUGCAACACCGCGCUGCCGCUCGACAGUAACCCAUUGGUGCGCAAAAUAAAAUGCGAAGAGUUUCCUGUCAGAGGAAAGCAGCAGACGAGAAUUGGUAUGGGGGUGCGAGAUGAGAUGGAAGAGGAGUUCGCUGUGAAGACGAGGAACACUCCACCGAUGGGGCCGGCACCAGGGCAGGAACAUCGUAUGGAGCAUGGUGGAAAUGGCUUCUGGCUGGCUGCCGUCACGGCGGCUGGAGCUCCUCAUCCGAUGCUCGAAACCUGUACGGAAACUGGCUUCAUUAAUAGCCAACCAUCUAUGGCGGAAUUUAUGACCGCGCUUCCCCAAUUGGGAGGAGGUGAAUUGAGCCCUCAACACACACCCCCAGGUUACGCACCUGAUCUUCCUUCACCAGGCGGCGGCCUCAAUGUCCCCGAGUAUCCUUGGAUGAAAGAAAAGAAAACAACUAGAAAGAGCAGUCAGCAAGAAAAUGGACUGCCUCGUAGGCUGCGCACAGCUUACACAAAUACUCAGCUAUUGGAAUUGGAAAAGGAAUUUCACUUCAACAAAUACCUGUGCAGGCCGCGAAGAAUUGAGAUUGCUGCGUCCCUUGACCUCACUGAGAGACAGGUAAAAGUAUGGUUUCAAAACCGACGAAUGAAACACAAAAGACAAACAUUAAGCAAAAGUGAAGACGGCGAUGAUAAAGACUCUACUACUUCCGAGGGUGGCAAGAGUUCUAAAACAGGUUUGGAAAAAUUCCUUGACGACGAUGGUCCUCUAUCGGGCAAGAAGAGUUGUCAAGGAUGUGAACUGCCACCAGGUGCUCUAUGCUCUCCUGCUGAAGAUCUUCCAGAGCUGACAUCACGUACAAGAAAUAAUAAUACUCCAAGCGCAACCAAUAACAAUAGCUUUGGAAGUGAUGGCGCUUCUAGUGUUGCUUCAUCUUCUUCACUCGAUAAACUCGCAGAAGAAGACUCCCGGGAAGGUCCACCUCCGGUUAACGCUGUUAAUGUACCUAGGAAUCUAGCAAAAAGAAUUAAGCAGGAAUCAAGGAAGCGAUCUCCGUCAUUAGAUGCCACUGGAUGUAAAGUGUCUCCAUCGUCUUCUAAAGAGGGCCUUAUAGGAGUUACGGGUUUACCAGAUGGCAAAUUUUCAUCAGUAAACCUAACACCAUCAUCUACCCCCGGCACACCGUCUAGUAUGCAUCAAAGUCCUCUUGGAGCAUAUCCCAGGCCCUCACCCCCACACGCACCUGGAGCUCCUUUGACACAAACCGUACCUAAUGCGAUACCACCAUAUGUUAUUAGAGGCAAUGCCCCUCCAGGUCAAUUUGUACCUCAUCCCGACUUUCGCAUGGAAACAAAACAAUUCGUCGGUAAACUCGCCCAAUACCCGCAAAAUAACAGAUCGUAUGAAGCUUACUCAGCGCUACAAGGUGGCGACCAUCAUAUAUAUCCAGGACGUAAUCAGCAGCAUUCCAGACAAGAUGGAUCGCCGACUUCAAGAGCAACCAACGGCAUUGGAUCUAGACAAUCUUAUCCUCACGAAAUGUAUCAGAACUAUGCUUACUCUGGAUAUGGCAAAGAUCAAGCCGGGUAUGGCCAUCCCGGUUAUGAUCAAGGUCAAAGUUACCCAGCCGAAAUGGGCUACCCAAAUAGCCAUUACGGAUACCACUACCAUGAAAGUGGACAGCACGAUCACGGACACGGAUACUUCAGUGGCGAAGGACAGAAGAAUAUGCACAGCCACGAAUAUUCAAAGAAUUAUUACGACACGAACUCUUACAAUCAACAAGGGAGUACACAACCCAGUUAUGGUCCCAACAACCCGCAACCUGAAGGUUACACAGGAACAGCUGAGUGUGGAGAGGGUUACGGAUCUUUUCAACAAUUCUAUGAAGCGACUCACGCUACACCAGCGACCGGAGAAAACUCUAAUUCCUCGUCAGACUUCCACUUUCUAAGCAAUCUGGCGAACGAUUUCGCUCCUGAAUAUUACACCAUUUGA